GAGCCACUCGAGCGGACUUGAUGUGGCACAACCCACUGAACUGCGCUGACCCGCCGAAAACAAGUCGCACGAUUAUUUGCAAAGCCCUCGAGCGAAAGCACUCGGCGAGCCGUUGGCGCAUAUAAAGACUGCAGCUGGGGCUGCCCUCUUGGCCAUUUAAUUGGAAGACGCACACCCAAAUGGAGGCGCUGAGCAGUUGGACUUUGGCGCUGCUGCGCCUGCUGAGCGCCCUGCCCGGCAGCUGGGCGUGGACGCCGGCGCGCACGCCCUACUCGCUGGCCCACAGCUACUUGGACGCGGCGCAGCGGCCGCUCUGGAUACUCGAGGACGAGCUGAUGAGGCGCCAGGCCAGGCAGGACUCGGACUAUGCCACCAGCACGCGCGCCACAAUAAUGCGACGCGCCCAGCGAGUCCAGCGGCGACAGCAGCGCCAGCAUCUGCCCACAGCGAUCACAAUACGCGUCCGGCCCGACUCGGACGAGGAGGUGGAGCGCCUGGUGGCGCCGCCGCUGGCCACACCCUCGCUGGACCAGCGCCACUAUGUGCUGCCGCAUCGCGUCCAGCUGCCCAGCCACUACGUGCAGCAGCUGGCCCAAACCACCGCCCGGCCGAAGCCGAAGCCGAAGCCGGCGCAGCGACGCCGCCAGCCGCAGUCGCUGCCCAUUUUCGACAGCGCGCCCGGGGACAACGCUCUGCCCACCGCCAGCUACCCGAUCUUCGUCUACAAUGGCACCCGCGGGGAGCUGCUGCUCAACACGAUGCUGAGCGCGCAGCGCUACCCCAUGCAGGAGCCGGUGCCCGGGCAGGUGCUCUACCCGCCCUCGACGCCCAUGUUCCGGCCGAAGCCCAUUGUGGAGCGCCUGCGACUGCCUGGCCAGCGGGAGCUGCUCAACCUGACGCUGAUUCCCUUCUAUGCGCACGAGGCCAUCACCAUGCCACCGCUGACAAUGGCCACAGCCACAGCCACAGCCACCAGCACCAGCACCAGCUCCACCACAGGAGUCGCAGCCACCGCAGCAGGCACGGGAGCUGCAGUCAGCAGCAGAGAGACAUACCCAACUGAUCCGACGCCAGCAUCCGCGCCAGCUACUGGCCCGGGCACUGCAACCGCCUCGGAGCCACUCGCACUGACCACGCCCAUGACGACGCCCUACGAGACGCAGCUGCCGCGCAGCAAGCACAAGAGGAAGGCCAAGAAGGCGAAGCAGUACAACGCCUAUCGCUCGCCCCAGGAGGUGGUGCAGUGGCAGCCAAAGCUGCGCAGCUCGCGCCCACUUGAGCCACCGGACAACCAUCGUCACUACGUGGUGGCAACCACCGAUAGCUCGCUCACUGCGCCGCCGGAGCAACAGCAGCUCGAGCAGCUCGAUCAGCUGGAGGCUGAGAUUGAAGAUCCCGUCAGCCAGGAGCUGGAACUGGCCGUGCCCUCGGAGGCGGCACUGCUCGAGGAGACGCGCACCAGCACCGUCAGCGGCGCCGGUAGUUCACCUUCUUCCUUCCAGAUCGUCUACGUGGACGAGAGCAUGGAGGCACCGUACGACUCGCUGGCCAGCACCACUGAGGCGCCGCCGCUGCAGCGGCAGAGCUCGCGCUACGCUCUGAAGCGCGAGUACUUUGCCUUCCCAGUCUAUACGCUGGGCAAGCUGCUGCGCAGUCCCAAGCCCCAGAGAACGUCUGGCAUGGAGCUCGAUUGCUCCGACUCCGGCUCCGGCUCCGGCUCCGGCUGCCUGGACCACGAGGACAACACCUGGUUCAUUCUGAACUCGCGGUAAGUGAGCUGCACGAGCUACUCCAGCCGGUUCAUCUGACUGUCUCCCAUAUUUACAGAUACAA